UUUUCAAAUAUAGAAUUCGAUCAAUCAAAUGUGAAUUAUCGUGAAAUUAAUAUAGCUGAAUUUACUCGAGAAUUAGUUUUAGAUUUUGAAAAGAUGGCCAAAACAUUAGGGUUAGAUUAUAUUAUAGAUAUUCCUGAAGAAUUUAAUCAAGCCGUUAGUGAUAGAGUUUAUUUAGAUUAUAAUAUGUAUGAAACAAUCGUAUUUAAUCUUUGUUCUAAUGCGAUAAAGCAUACUUGGAAUGGAUAUGUAAAAAUUCGCUUAUAUAUUGACUACAGAGAUGAAAAAAAAAAUGAUUGUGUUGGUAUUCCGGAAACUGCACUUCCAAAUAUAUUCCAACGUUUUUAUCGUGUAGAAUCUCAAAGCUCACGUAGUCAUGAAG